AUUUCUGUGUUGGAUUUCAUCAGCUGCUGACUCAGCAGUGGGUGGGUCCUGGGAAGCACUGUCACCUGGAAAACUGCCAAGCAGAUUCCCAUUGGUUGCUUGAGUUCGAAUGGGUUGUUCUUUUCUGAAUUUGGUUCCUGUUCUUUUAGCUGAGAAAGUUGAGUUGACAAUCUUGGAAUCAAUGUCAGCAACAGAUACCGGAACAAACAUUCAACAAGCAAAGUUGCAGUUGGAUUUUUUAUUUUUUGUGCAAUACUGUAUUUGUGGAAAAAAAUACGUAUGUUCUUUAUCUUGUUGGCCAAAACGUGGUUUUCCUAUUGAUUUUCAUCAUGUUGUGCAAAGCUGGCUGGAUGUCUGGCUGCAGUGCUGCCCCUGCCAAGUUAAUGCUGCCUCGUUGGUUUCCAGCUCUCUCCCGUGUUAGAUGCCUGCCAGCGCACAGAUCCGUCCGCCAUUGGAGUAACAUUCCAUUUAUUACUGUUCCUUUAAGUCGCACUCAAGGGAAUUGCUUUGGCCACCGGAGUGAUCUUAAACAAGCGAAACGCAUUGUGGUAAAGCUGGGCAGUGCUGUCUUAACCCGAGGUGAUGAGUGUGGACUUGCACUGGGAAGACUUGCCUCCAUUGUCGAGCAGGUGUCUGUAUUGAAGAACCAAGACCGAGAGAUGAUGAUAGUAACAAGUGGAGCAGUGGCUUUUGGCAGGCAACGCCUUAGGCAUGAAAUCCUGCUCUCACAAAGUGUGCGGCAAGCACUGCAGUCUGGACAGAACCAGUUAAAAGAUAUGUCUGUGCCUAUGCUGGAGGCUCGAGCUUGUGCUGCAGCUGGACAGAGUGGGCUGAUGGCUCUGUACGAAGCAAUGUUCACACAGUACAGUAUUUGUGCUGCUCAGAUACUUGUAACAAACUUGGAUUUCCAUGAUGACCAGAAGCGAGUGAACUUAAGCAGCACUUUACAUGAACUUCUUCGAAUGAACAUUGUUCCAAUUAUCAACACAAAUGACGCUGUGGUUCCUCCACCUGAGCCUAAUAGUGAUCUGCAGGGGCAGAUGAUCAGUAUCAAGGAUAAUGACAGUCUGGCAGCUCGACUGGCUGUGGAAAUGAAAGCAGAUCUGCUGAUCAUCCUUUCUGAUGUGGAAGGUCUUUUUGAUAAUCCUCCUGGUUCAGAUGAUGCUAAACUUAUUGAUACCUUUUAUCCUGGAGACCAACAGUCUAUUGCCUUUGGGACGAAAUCCAGAGUGGGCCUUGGAGGCAUGGAGGCGAAGGUGAAAGCCGGCCUUUGGGCUCUGCAAGGAGGAACAGCUGUUGUCAUAGCAAAUGGAACCCAUCCAAAGGUGACAGGUCAUGUGAUCACUGACAUCGUGGAGGGCAAAAAAGUGGGAACUUUCUUCUCUGAGGUCAAGCCUGCUGGUCCUACUGUGGAGCAGCAAACGGAGAUGGCACGGGCUGCAAGCAGAACCUUGGCUUCUCUUCAACCAGAACAGAGGGCGGAGAUUAUCCAUGGCUUAGCUGAUCUUCUGACAGACCAUCGAGAGGACAUCCUGAGUGCUAACAAGAGAGAUGUGGAGGAAGCUGCUGGUAAAGGACGACUUUCCCAGCCGCUACUGAAACGAUUGUGUCUAACGGCAGCAAAACUAAACAGCCUGGCCAUCGGGAUCAGGCAGAUUGCAGCAUCAUCUCGUGACAGCAUUGGACGUGUGAUUCGCAAGACCAGAAUUGCAAAUGGGCUGGAUCUUGAGCAGAUAACAGUUCCUAUUGGUGUCCUACUGGUGAUUUUUGAAUCGCGACCAGACUGCUUACCCCAGGUUGCUGCCCUGGCAAUAGCAAGUGGCAAUGGUUUGUUGCUGAAAGGAGGGAAAGAAGCAAAAUACAGCAACCAUAUCCUGCACCGCCUGACUCAGGAAGCACUUUCCAUUCAUGGAAUUAAGGAUGCCAUUCAAUUGGUCGGCACACGUGAGGAGGUGGAGGAUCUUUGCCGACUGGACAAACUCAUUGAUCUGAUCAUCCCUCGUGGUUCCUCCCAAUUAGUUCGAGAUAUUCAAAAAGCAGCAAAAGGCAUUCCAGUCCUUGGGCACAGUGAAGGCAUCUGUCACAUAUUCCUGGAUUCAGAGGCUAGUGUAGAAAAAGCUAUCACGAUUGUUCAAGAUUCCAAAUGUGAUUAUCCCACUGCGUGCAAUGCUGUGGAGACACUGCUCCUACAUAAGGACCUGCUGAGGACUCCUCUAUUUGAUCAGCUAAUUGAUAUGCUCAGAAUAGAACAGGUGAAAAUCCAUGCUGGGCCUCACUUUGCAUCAUACCUCACGUUCAGCCCUUCAGAAGUGAAUUCCCUGCGCACAGAAUAUGGAGAUCUAGAAUGUUGUAUUGAGGUUGUGGACGGAAUGAAGGAAGCAAUAGAACACAUUCAUAAAUAUGGCAGUUCCCAUACUGAUGUCAUCGUUACAGAAAAUGAGGAAACAGCAGAAUACUUCAUGCAGCAUGUUGACAGUGCCUGUGUGUUCUGGAACGCAAGCUCUCGCUUCUCAGAUGGAUAUCGCUUUGGACUUGGUGCAGAAGUUGGAAUUAGCACAGCACGGAUUCACGCCCGAGGUCCUGUGGGUUUAGAAGGUUUGCUGACAACAAAGUGGCUCCUACGUGGAGAGGGACAUGUGGUCUCUGACUUUGCAGAACAAGGCACAUUGUCCUACAUACAUGAAAACUUACCUGUAACCCGCAGAUAAUGAGUUACAUUCUUGGUGUUUGCCUGUGACUCACAGAUUCAGAUCUACAGUUGAUGUAGAACAGAUAUGCAGAGGGACACUUAUAUGAUGUUCCACUCUCCUUUUCCCAGCAUUAAUAAUCCUUACAUUUUGAUUUGCCACUCUUCACACCAUCAAGACGUCUCAAAUGCUUCACGCAUUAGAUAUACCAUAAAAUCGAGUGACUGUGUAUUGUGUGGGCAAAACAGGGCAACCGUUAACCAUGCACCUUGCGAUGCAAAUCUAGUUCUUGAGCAGCUAAAACAUCCAAUUAUUAACUUAGUGACAUUCUCAGGUAACCCCUGCCCCCCCCAUCCCUCUGGGGCCAAAAUGCUCUAAUACUCUCAAUGACGGUGGUUAAUAAUAAUAAUAAUAAUCCUUGCAUUUGAUAUAGCGCUUUUCAC